AUGACUACAACUCACCCCAUCGACGAUGACACCCCUAAGCUCGAGGAAGAUCCCCAAGCCACCAUCGACCAGGGAAUUCUCGAUGAAAUCCGCCGCCAUAAUAAUGGGGUAGACAAGGGGUUUUUCAAAAGGUUUUUCGGAAGAUCGCCUUUGGACAACUCGGGCAAAAAUACCCUCGAUCUCCUACGACGCCGUUUCAUCCCCCGCCUACCAGAAUCCGAGGAGGAGCCCGAUCUUCCAGGCACCUUGUACCACUUCCUCUACUCAGGUACUACCGAGUAUAGCUGGGCCACGGUCCAAAUUCUUGGGCUUGAGCUUGAUGCUGAGUUUUAUGCUCACGACUCCGGCUUAGUACAGCUUUACAAGUAUGCCCGAAAGGUCUUUAAAAGUCAGCCAGCCCGUCGCUUUCUGCACGGAAUAUACAUUCUCGGGCUAGUGGCCGAGCUCUGGGUGUUUGACCGAGCUGGGUUGUAUCAUUCCCAACCUUUGAACCUGCGAGACCACUCAGAGCCGCUCGCAGCCAUAUUUGCCAGCUACUUGCGCUUGGACGAUCUUGACCUUGGCAUGAACCCGAUUCUCCACUACGACACGAUAGGGACAUAUAUCUUGGCCAAGGGCGAGAACCAAUCCGAACCGGGACUUUCCCAGUUUUAUCUGGAAGGCGAACCCAUCGCAUAUCCUAAAGAUAUUGUGAGCACCAGACCUACGUGUUACCGAGCGAGAUUAUCGGCUUCGACCAAACCCGAAUUCGUCAUCAAGUUCACUUGGAAAGUUGAAAACUCGGAACCAGAAGAUUGGGAACUAGAAGCCUGGGAAUUAGAGCGUUGGGGACCAAAACCUCGCCGCUCUGAGAAAUCCAUGCUGCGACUUGUCAAGAAACGCAACGUCAGUGGUGUGAUGCAAAUGUUUAGCCACCAAAAGGUCGGGCCUAGUUGCGGUCUUCGCGGGGGAGGCAUGGAGUUUCCAGCCUUGAAAGAGCAAUUUGGCGAUACUACAUUCACAUUCCGGGGCUCAGACUUGGAAUGUAUGGUCGUUUAUCCCCUUGGUCGCCCUCUUGGCCGGUUCCAUUCAAUGGAGGAGUUCCUUCGAGGUUUCCGUGAUGCCAUCGCUGGGUAUCGGUCAUUGCAUCUAGAUGGCAAGAUUCUCCAUCAAGAUAUAUCACCGAACAACAUUAUGCUUACUGGGGAUAAGAAAGAAGGGGAUCCAUGGGGAUUUCUUAUCGACCUCGAUAUGAGCAUGGAACUUGCCGUCGGUCCAGCCCGACCAGGUGAGAUCAUCGGAACCAAGGCAUUCAUGGCCAUUGGCGUGCUCAAGCGUGUACCACGAACAUAUCGCCAGGAUCUAGAAUCCUUUCUCUACGUGUUUCUGUGGAUUGCCAUCUGCGGUGGUGAUCGAAAGUUGCCAGCUGAUAGUCGGAUUCAGCGCUGGAUGGUUGGGAACUGGAGUGAAUUGGCCCGGAAGAAGACGGAGGAUAUGGAGGAUGGGAAUUUCGCUGAGUUAGUAGCCGAGUUUAAGCCCCAGUUUCAGUCUCUGAAGGGCUUGGCUUAUAGGUUGCGAGAGAUUAUCUUCGCCCCAGAACCAAAAUUAGGGGACAAGGAGGCCGAGGAGAUGUAUUCUGCCUUGAUCGCGGCAGUUGACAAUGCUUUGAUUUUCCAAUUCGAAUCAUGA